ACAAACGAGUUAGGUGAGUUACAGUCCAACAUGAGUGGGUUACAUACACCGUAGCUACGGGCUGGGCUCUAACCAGGUGACACAGCCAUCGGUUCCACCAUCGGAGAGAAACGAGAUCACAUAGAAAGGAAAGACAAGCUCUCCCUUGAGUCACAACGAGACAGAAACAGAUAAGGAGUCCAUUUGCAAGCCAACGGUUGAUCAUCUAACCAGGAGACCAAAGGAAAAGUCCUUAGGAAAGAGAGAGAGAGAAAGAGAAGCAAGUGCGAACUGCGGGGAGAGCAGAGGGAAGAGAGAAUCUCAAACGGACUCCGCUCUAGUUUUGGACGUAGAUCCCAGCAGGGGCCUCAGUCCCACGACCCUGAGAUCGCGACCUGAGCCAAAACCAGGAGUGGGUGGCUUAAUGGGUGGAGCUGCCCAGGACCCCACUGAGAGCUACACUGCUCCUGCAAAAUUGAAAAUGCCUGUAAGGUCUGAGCAAUUUUGAGAGGAUUGAUUUAAGUGGACAGGAUGACUGUCUGGCUGAUCUCUCUGAUGAGUAUGGAAAUACUACUUCUGGCAGUGCCUUCCCGGAGUUUCCACAUUGAACCUGAAGAAGGUAGUCUUGCAGGGGGAACGUGGAUCACGGUCAUUUUUGAUGGUUUGGAGUCGGAGUUCCUUUAUUCUGCCAAUGGCGCUCAGCUGGAGAUACACCUGGUGAAUGUGGCUGAGCCCUCCCUGCCCAGCAUCCCUUGUGAUGUCUCUCCCGUCUUCUUGGAUUUGCCGGUGGUCAUGUGCAGGACCAGAUCUCUGCUCUCUGAAGCACACGAGGGUCUCUACUACCUGGAGGUGCAUUCUGGGGGACAGGUGGUGGGCAGCCCCAGUCCAGGACCACGAGACAACUGUAUGUUCAAGUUUUCCAGGGCACAGACACCCAUUGUUUAUCAAGUGACACCACCAAGUGGAGCUCCAGGAAAACUAAUACAUGUGUAUGGAUGGAUUAUCACUGGAAGAUCAGAAACCUUUGAUUUUGAAGCUGAGUACAUUGAGAGCCCAUUGAUAAUGGAAGCUCAAGGAGACAAAUGGGUCACAGCCUGCUCUCUUGUAAACAGGCAGACAGGAAGCCGCUAUCCUCUUCAGGAAGACCAUGGUCUUGGGACUCUGCAGUGCCGUGUAGAAGGCAACUACAUCGGCUCCCAGAAUGUUAGUUUCUCAGUAUUUAACAAAGGAAAGUCCAUAGUACAUAAGAAUGCAUGGAUGAUCAGUGCUAAGCUGGAACUUUUCCUGUACCAGACACACUCAGAAAUACUAUCGGUGUUUCCAGACACUGGGAGCCUUGGGGGAAGAACAGACAUCACAAUUACAGGAGACUUCUUUGACAAUCCUGUCCAGGUUACCAUAGCAGGUAUUCCAUGUGAUAUUAGAGAUGUGUCUCCCAGGAAGAUUGAGUGCACCACCAGGGCUCCAGGAAAAAGUGCAAGGCUCACUGCCCCUCAGGCAGGGAACCGAGGGCUUCUGUUUGAAGUUGGAGAAGCUGUCGAGGGCUUGGAUCUCACCUCAGGCAUGCCAGGGUACCAGUGGCAGAUUGUCCCGAAUGCCAGUUCACCACCUGGAUUUUGGUCAAAAGAAGGGCUGCCCUUCAGAGCACGGCUCAGUGGAUUCUUUGUGGCUCCGGAGACAAAUAAUUACACUUUCUGGAUCCAGGCUGACAACCAAGCUUCCCUGUACUUCAGUCAUUCAGAGGACCCAAAGACCAAGGUGAAAGUGGCCUCCAUCAAGGUGGGCAUUGCUGACUGGUUUGACGCUUGGGAGCAGAAUGGGCAUGAUGGGACUUGGCAACGGAAGACCCCGAAGUUGGAGCUGGUUGGUGGCACCAGCUACUACCUGGAAGCAGAGCAUGGUGGGAGAGCCCCCAGCAGGGGAAUGAGAAUUGGCGUCCAGAUCCACAAUACCUGGCUGAAUCCUGAUGUGGUCAGCACUUACCUCCGAGAAAAGCAGCAAAUCCGAAUCCAUGCCCAGAGACUUCCAGAAAUCCAGAUGCUGACCGUGUCUGGCAGAGGGAGCUUCGUCCUUACUUGGGACAAUGUCACCAGUCAGCCAAUCCCUGGAAAUGUCACAGCCCAUCAGAUUCAAAGAGCCAUUGAGGAGUUACUUGCCGUCAAAUGCAAAUUGGAACCCCUUUCGGCCAGCAGCCUACUCUGGCUUGGGUUUGAACAAGGCCCAGAAGGUUCCAGCUUUGAGGGGGAUCUCACCAGUGGGACAGAGCCCUUCUGCGGGAGGUUCAGCCUCCACCAGCCUCGACACCUUGUCCUAAUACCCCCAGCUUCCCAGGAGGGCUACCAGUUAGAUCAGUACACGCAAUUGUGCCUCGCAUACAAAGGCCACAAGAAUAACAUCCUGAAGGUGACCGUAUUUUUCACAACCGACUCUCAAAACUUCAUUAAGAAGAACAUCACCUGUGACUGGAGUCUUGUGGGGACCAGUCCCGACAGCUGGCGGUUCACUUGCACGGACCUCUGGGAGACCUGUGUGCAUGGCUCUGUGGAUCUCCAGCCAGCUCUGGCAAACUCCUCUGUGCUGGUUUACCAGAUCGACCUCUUCCCUCUGUCUCAGGAGACCCGUGGGUUCUAUGUGGAUGAAAUUAUUAUUGCGGACACAAACAUAACAGUUUCUCAAGCAGAUUCCGAAACAGCUCGCCCCGGGGGCAACCUGGUGGAGUCGCUCUGCGUGGAGGGAUCCCCUCCAGUCUACAACGUCAGCUUCUGGUUGGUGGGGUGCGGCCGGGAGCUCCCACUCAUCACCGCAAGCUCUGUGCCCACUGAAGGAGGACAAGAAGAAUCUGGGGUGGUCCAGGUGACAACACAGAGGAUACAGAAGACAAGCCCACCUUUAGGAGGAUACUUCCGCAUCCAACUUCCUACCACAGAGAUUCCUGAUAUCCCCGUGCAUGUAUCAGCUAGUGACCUUCGCAAGCUCUUACAAAACAAUGCUGAUAACUUCACAUCUAGGUACCUCAACGUCAACGACUUCGCUGUGACAGAGGAUCUAAAGUCUUGCUACGAACAUGUGUGGACCCUCUCCUGGUCUACCCAAGUUGGAGAUUUGCCCAAUUUUAUUAGGGUCUCUGAUGCACAUCUGACUGGAGUGGACCCUGCUGCAGCCAUGCGUGUGGUGUAUGAUGGUGGAGUUUUUCUUGGACCCAUAUUUGGAGACAUGUUGGUUACUGCCAACCAACACACUCAGGUGGUUGUGCGUGUGAAUGACAUACCUGCCCAUUGCUCAGGUUCCUGUUCUUUCCAGUACCUCGAAGAGUCAACUCCCCAGGUCCACUUGGUGUGGUAUUCCCUGGGUAUGAUUUAUGGUGACAUCCACCUGCUGGUUUAUAUUUUUGGAACUAGUUUCUCUGGGGACCCCCAGGCCGUGCAGGUUACGGUGAACAAAACGAUCUGCAGAGUUCUCUUCUCAAACGAAACGAACGUGGUCUGUCAGACAGACCUGCUGCCGGUCGGAAUGCAUCGGCUCUCCGUGGUGGUGAGGCCUUCCGGUUGUGCCAUCAACGCCAGUGGAGAAGCCCUCUUCCUAAACGUGGAGCCCAGACUGGUUGCUGUGGAACCUUCCAGAGCUGCAGAGAUUGGAGGUCUCUGGGCUACCAUCCAAGGCUCUGGUUUGGAAGAUGUGAGCCUGGUGUUAUUUGGAUCUCGGUCUUGUGCCAUCGAUAUCACCAGAAGCAAUUCACAAAGAAUUCAAUGCAAAGUUCCACCCAGAGGGAAAGAUGGACCCAUUGUGAAUUUGACUGUGAUUACAGGGGACCAUUCUGCAGUUCUUCCCAUGGCAUUCACAUACGAUUCCUCUUUAAAUCCAGUGAUCAUUUCUCUGAGCAGAAACAGGAGCAACAUAGCAGGAGGUGAGACCCUUUCCAUCAGAAUGGCACUUCUGGGGAACUACUCCGAUUUGGAUGAUUUGGAUGUUGAAGUUCACGUUCAGGACACUCUGGUUCCGGCUCAUGUGCAGAUGCCCCACAGCCUGGAGGUGGUGCUGCCCCCACUGCCCCCUGGCCUCCACAGAAUCUCUGUCUCCAUCAAUGGGGUCAGCAUUUGCUCACGACGGGUUGAUCUUCAUAUCCAGUAUGUCACAGAUGUUUUCAGCAUUGAGCCUUGCUGCGGGUCCCUUCUGGGUGGAACCAUCCUCACCGUCUCGGGAGUAGGGUUCAGCAGGGACCCCAAUCUGGUGUGGGUGCUUGUGGGUAAUCGGACCUGUGACAUCGUGAACUCAACAGACACUGUCAUCUGGUGUGAGACCCCACCUUCAGCUCUGCUGCCCAAAGCAGAUAUUCCCACUGUCCCAGCCCCCCUGGAGGUCUGGGCUGGCAAUGCAUCCUUUGUCCGAGGACCCUUACCCAGCCUGGUGGGGAAGGGCUUUACUUUCAUGUAUGAAGUAGCAAGGACACCAGUGGUCACUGCUGUGCAAGGAGAAAUGACCAAUAACAGCCUGAGGCUCUCCGUGGAAGGAAAUAACCUCCCCAACUCAGUGAUCCUUCUGGGGUUCUUAAACUGUGAUCUGGAGAUGCAGUCUUUAUGGAACAACAUGAGCCUGUCUGGGUGCUCCUUUCCUCUUCACAGUUUGGAGGCAGGCACCUAUCCUCUCCAAGUACGUCAAAAGCAGAUGGGGUUUGCUAACAUGUCUGCUGUGCCCCAACAAUUUGUGAUGACACCCCGGAUAAUGGCCAUCUUGCCGACACAUGGGUCUGCUUGUGGUGGGACCGUACUCACAGUGAGAGGGCUGGCUCUCAACUCUAGGAAGAGGUCAGUUCAAGUGCACCUUUCGGGUCCAUUUUCUUGUGUGAUUUUGAGCUUGGGGGACCAGACAGUCCUCUGCCAGAUUAGCCAAGUGGAUGCCCCCUUGCCUAAUGCUUCCUUCACCUUGAACAUCACAGUCUUGGUGAAUGGGCUACCCAGUGAGUGUCAGGGCCUUUGCACUCUUUCCUUGCGGGAAGAAACAACUCCCAUCGUGGACUCCUUGACCACUAACAUCAGUGGGUCUCUGACCAUGGUGCUGAUUAGGGGUCAGAAAUUAGACAUCACAACAGAUGAGCCAAUGGUGUUUGUGGACAAUCACCUUCCCUGUGUUGUAACUUUCUUUAAUGCAAGCCAUGUGGCAUGCCGGAUAAGUGACUUGACCCCAGGACUGCACUACGUAUCCAUUUUUCAUACAAGAAUUGGAUAUGCUUGUUUUGGUAAUGUUUCCAGGCACUUCCACAUUUUGCCUGAAGUGUCUCAUUAUUUUCCCAAGAAUUUCAGCAUCCAUGGUGGAAGCCUCUUGUCCAUGGAGGGCAUAGCUCUGCGUGGAGAGAACAGCACACUAGUCUUCAUUGGACAGCAGGCCUGCCUGACAGUGAGCAUCAGCUCCAAGUUCAUCCAGUGCAUUGUUCCUGCAGGAAAUGGCUCUGGGGGCCUGGUCAUCGAGGUAGAUGGACUUUCAUACCGGAUGGGAGUCAUUGGGUACAGCAAUGCCUUCACUCCACAGUUACUCUCUAUUUCUCAGACUGAUGACAUCUUAACUAUGGUGGUGGCCCAGGUCUCAGGAGCUAAAAAUGUUGACAUUUUUAUUGGGAUGUCACCCUGUGCGGGUGUCUCUGGCAACUACACAGUUCUCCAGUGUGUGGUCCCACCCCUUCCUGCUGGGGAGUACCCAGUAAGAGGGUACGACCGCAUGAGGGGGUGGGCCUCAUCUGUCCUGGUCUUCACAUCCACAGUCACUAUUUCGGCAGUGACUGAGAACUUUGGCUGCCUGGGUGGAAGCCUUGUGCAUGUGUUCGGAGGAGGAUUUUCUCCAGGGAACAUCUCAGCUGCUGUGUGUGGCGCUCCCUGCCAGGUCUUGGCUAAUGCUACAGUGUCAGCCUUCAGCUGCUUGGUCCCGCCCCUGGAUGUGUCCUUGGCUUUCCUGUGUGGCCUGAAGCAUGCGGAGGAGAGCUGCGAAGCCUCCAGCAGCAGCUAUGUGCAGUGUGAUUUGACAUUCGCUGUGGGGACAGAGACAUUGCCCCAGUCAUGGCCCUACCUCUACAUUUGUGAAGAAAGUCCCCAGUGCCUCUUUGCACCAGAUCAUUGGACAGAGUCAGCCUUCCCAUGGUUCUCAGGCCUCUUCCUCAGCCCUAAAGUGGAAAGAGAUGAAGUUCUCAUCUAUAAUAGCUCCUGUAACAUUGCCAUGGAAACUGAGGCAAAGAUGGAGUGUGAGACGCCUAAUCAGCCAAUUACCGCCAAGAUUACUGAGAUAUGGAAGAGCCGGGGCCAGAACACUCAGGGCAGCUUUUCCUUUCAUUUCUGCCGGAGGUGGUCCAGAGCUCACAGCUGGUUUCCUGAAAGAGUGCCACAAGAUGGCGACAACGUCACGGUGGAGAACGGCCAUUCCCUGCUGCUUGAUACCAACACAAGCAUCCUCAGCUUACUGCACGUUAAAGGAGGCAAGCUGAUUUUCAUGGAUGCAGGACCCAUUGAGCUUAGGGCACACUCCAUCCUCAUUUCUGAUGGUGGAGAGCUCUGGAUUGGAUCCGAGGAUAAGCCCUUCCAAGGCAAAGCUGAGAUCAAACUCUACGGGAGUUCCCACUCUACUCCCUUCUUUCCAUAUGGUGUCAAGUUCCUGGCGGUGAGGAAUGGAACUCUUUCCCUGCAUGGUUUGCUCCCAGAAGUAACUAUCACCCAUCUUCGAGCAGCUGCCUCUGCCCGGGACACAGUGUUGGCUCUGGAGGAUGCCGUGGACUGGUGCCCUGGAGAUGAAGUUGUCAUCAUCAGUGGAAUAGGUUUCGAAGGUGCCAAACCCACAGAAGAGAUUGUCAUUGUGGAAGCAGUGCACAAAACAGACCUCCACCUGAGGUCACCCUUGAGAUAUUCUCACAACUUCACAGAGAGUUGGGUGGCUGGAGAACGCCAUAUUUUAAAGGUCACGGUAGUGCUGCUCAGUAGGAGGGUCACCAUACAAGGGAAUCUCACUGCUGAGAGGAAGAAGCACCUUGCUUCAUGCCAGGAGGCCAGUGCUUCAGAAGGGAAUCUGCAGGACUGUUUCUAUUCCAAGAGUGAGAAGAUAUUGGGAUCCAGGGAUCUCGGGGCCAGAGUCAUUGUUCAGUCUUUCGCAGAGGAACCCAGCCGGGUCCAGUUGAAGGGAGUGCAGUUUCGAGCAUUGGGGCAAGCCUUCCGUAAGCAUCUGAGCUCACUGACUCUGGUGGGAGUUAUGAGAGAUUCCUAUAUACAGGGUUGCACAGUGUGGAGCUCCUUCAGUAGAGGCCUUAGCAUGUCAAGGACCUUGGGCCUGAAGGUGGACAGUAAUGUAUUCUACAAUAUUUUAGGACAUACACUGCUGGUGGGUACAAACAUGGACGUAAAAUACAUGUCUUGGGAAGCGACUCCUGAAAAAACAACUGAACAGGGAAAUAUCAUAAGAAACAAUGUGAUCAUCAGUGUUUCUGGCACCGAGGGACUGUCCAGUCCUGAAACGUUGACACCAUCUGGUAUCUAUAUCCGUAAUCCAACCAACAUUAUAGAGGGAAACAGGGUGUAUGUUGCUGGUUUGGGAUACUUUUUUCAUCUGGUGACCAGCCAAACAUCACAAGCUCCACUUCUCUCCUUUACCCAGAAUAUUGCACAUUCUUGUACAAGGUCUGGUCUCUUUAUUUACCCUCAGUUUCGGCCACCUUGGGAUAAUGGCAGGGGCCCCACCCUGUUCCAGAACUUCACAGUUUGGGGAAGUGCAGGUGGUGCCCAGAUUUUUAGAAGUAGUAAUCUUCACCUGAAAAACUUCCAAGUUUAUUCAUGCAGAGAUUUUGGAAUUGACAUCUUAGAAAGUGAUGCAAAUACUUCAAUUACUGACAGCUUAUUACUUGGCCAUUUUGCCCACAAGGGAAGCCUGUGUAUGUCAGCUGGGAUCAAAACUCCCAAAAGAUGGGAACUGAUAAUAUCUAACACAACCUUUGUUAAUUUUGAUCUCACUGACUGCGUGGCCAUCAGGACCUGUGCGGGCUGUUCCCGGGGACAGGGUGGAUUUACUGUGAAGACCAACCAACUGAAAUUUAUAAACUCUCCAAACUUAGUAGCAUUUCCAUUUACUCAUGCAGCAAUUUUGGAAGACUUGGAUGGGUCUCUGUCUGGGAAAAACAGAAGUCAUAUUCUUGCUUCUAUGGAAACCCUUCCAGCUUCUUGUUUGGUCAAUGAAAGCUUCAGUCAGAUAGUUCAUGGCAGCGUCUGUGGGGAAGAUGUUCUCUUUCAUCGAAUGUCUAUUGGUUUAGCUAAUGUUCCUGAUGUUUCUUAUGAUUUAACCAUGACUGACAGCAGAAAUAAGACAACCACUGUCAAUUAUGUACAUGACACACUGUCUAACCUUUAUGGCUGGAUGGCUCUGCUCUUGGAUCAAGAGACUUACUCACUGCAGUUUGACACCCCUUGGAUCAACAGUUCUCUGCAGUACUCAGCAACGUUUGGCAGCUUUAUUCCUGGGAACUACCUCCUGCUGGUGCACACGGUCCUGUGGCCUUACCCUGACAUCCAUGUAAGGUGUGGGAAUCAGGUGGGGCGGUCCCUUCCAUCUCUGCCAUCACCUGGUCGGGACCAAGGCUGUGACUGGUUCUUCAAUACCCAGUUGAGGCAACUCACCUAUCUGGUUUCAGGUGAAGGCCACAUUCAAGUGACUCUCCAGGUAAAGGAAGGUGUGCCUCCAACUAUUUCAGCUUCUACCUCUGCACCUGAGUCAGCUUUUAAAUGGUCCCUUCCUGAAGCAUGGACAGGGAUUGAAGAGGGUUGGGGAGGACACAACCAUACCAUUCCAGGUCCUGGAGAUGAUGUCCUGAUUUUACCCAACAGGACGGUCCUUGUGGAUACAAAUCUCCCAGUCCUCAGAGGCCUUUAUGUGAUGGGGACUUUAGAAUUCCCUGUGGACAGAAGCAAUGUUCUGAGUGUGGCGUGCAUGGUCAUUGCUGGCGGGGAGCUGAAAGUUGGUACUUUGGAAAAUCCCUUAGAAAAAGAACAAAAGCUUCUGAUUCUCCUUAGAGCAUCAGAGGGAGUUUCUUGUGACCGUUUCAAUGGAAUUCUUAUUGAUCCAGGAACAAUUGGAAUAUAUGGGAAAGUCCAGCUUCAUGGGGCUUGUCCUAAGAAAUCCUGGACCCGUCUGGCAGCUGACAUUGCCUCAGGCAAUGAGAGAAUUAUAGUACAGGACACAGUGGAUUGGCGACCCCAUGACAAAAUCGUCCUUAGCUCCUCUUCUUAUGAACCUCAUGAAGCAGAGGUCCUCACUGUGAAAGAAGCUCAGGCUCACCAUGUUAAGAUCCAUGAACAGCUCAAACACCGGCAUGUUGGAAGCGUCCAUGUCAUGGAGGAUGGCCGAUCCAUUCGUUUGGCUGCAGAGGUUGGACUUUUGACCCGAAAUAUACAAAUCCAGCCUGAUAUAUCAUGCAGGGUGAGAUUACUUGUGGGGUCCUUCAGAAAGUCCAGCAGUGAGGAAUUUUCAGGUGUCCUUCAACUUUCAAAUGUGGAAAUUCAGAACUUUGGGUCACCUUUGUACUCAGCUGUUGAACUCCUUAAUGCAUCGGCAGGAACCUGGAUAAUAUCAUCCACUCUGCACCAGAGCUGCGGUGGGGGCAUUCGUGUGGCUGCCAGUCAUGGGAUCAUUUUAAAGGACAAUCUGGUGUUUGGUGCAGUUGGCCAUGGCAUUGAUUUGCAGGGUCAGAACUUUACCCUCUCUAAUAACCUUGUGGUUCUGAUCACACAAUCAGCGUGGUCUACCAUGUGGGUGGCAGGAAUCAAAGUGAACCAGGCAAAGGACAUCAGCCUUGACGGCAAUGUUGUGGCAGGAUCGGAGCGACUCGGCUUUCACAUCCGAGGCCACAGGUGUUCCUCUCCUGAAGCUCUCUGGUCCGACAAUGUGGCCCACUCAAGCCUUCAUGGCCUUCAUCUCUAUAAGGAAAAUGGGUUUGACCACUGUACUGGUAUCUCUGGCUUCCUGGCUUUCAAGAACUUUGACUAUGGUGCUAUGCUCCAUGUGGAGAACAGUGUGGAGAUGGAGAACAUCACUCUGGUGGAUAAUACUAUUGGUCUCUUGGCAGUGGUGUAUGUGUCUUCUGCUCCACAGAGUCACACUGAAAAUGUACAGGUUACACUCAGGAAUUCAGUCAUUGUGGCCACUAGCUCUUCUUUUGACUGUAUUCAGGACAGAGUUAAGCCUCGCUCUGCCAAUUUGACAUCAACAGAUCGAGCUCCUUCCAAUCCAAGAGGGGGUCGAGUUGGUAUUUUGUGGCCUGUAUUCACCUCAAAACCAAAUCGCUGGCCUCAGGAACCAUGGCACAGAGUGAGGAAUGGCCAUUCAAUUUCAGGAAUGAUGAAACUUCAAGAUGUCACCUUUUCUAGUUUUGUGAAGAGUUGCUAUAGUGAUGACCUAGAUGUCUGCAUCCUGCCCAGUGUGGAGAACACUGGAAUCAUGCACCCAAUAAUAGCAGAAAGGACCAAGAUGCUAAAGAUCAAAGACAAAAAUAAGUUCUACUUUCCUCCUUUACAAGCUAGGAAAGGUUUAGAAAUGCUGGUCUGCCCUGAAUCAGAUUGUGAAAAUCCAAGAAAAUAUCUCUUUAAGGAUCUGGAUGGGAGAGCCCUGGGUCUGCCACCACCAGUGUCAGUGUUUCCUAAAAUGGAGGCAGAAUGGACUGGAUCCUUCUUCAACACAGGUACAUUUAGAGAAGAACAGAAGUGCACAUACAGAGCCCUGAUACAAGGCUACAUUUGCAAACAGACUGACCAAGUGAUCUUAAUUCUUGACAAUGUUGAUGCCACCUGGGCCAUGAGGAAGUUAUAUCCAGUUGUAUCCAUUACUCGUGAUUUUGUUGACACAUUUAGUGGUGUAAAUUUCAAUACUCCAUGUUCUGCUUCAGGAUCUGUAUCUACUUUCUAUUCCAUUUUACCCACCAGAGAAAUCACCAAGGUUUGCUUUGUGGAACAGCCUCCCCAAGUGUUGCGUUUUUUUCUACUGGGAAACAAAAGUGCCUCUAAGCUUCUCUUGGCUAUAUUCUACCAUGAAUUCCAGAGCCCCCGUGUUUUCAUAGGGGAAAGUUUCAUUCCACCCAUUCUGGUUCAGUCAACUUCCUCAUUGCUGGAUGAGUCUCUUGGUUCUAACUACUUUAGCAUCUUGGAUAACCUCUUGUAUGUUGUUCUACAAGGACCAGAGCCCAUUGAGAUACGCUCAGGAGUCUCCAUUCAUUUGGCCCUCACUGUGACAUUUUCAGUACUAGAAAAGGGCUGGGAAAUCAUUAUCCUUGAAAGACUAACGGACUUCUUGCAAGUUCGCCAAGACCAAAUUAGGUUUAUUUAUGAGAUGUCUGGCAAUGAAGCAACCUUAAAGGCCAUUGCUGACAAUAAAGCAAAGAGAAAGCGCAAUUGCCCAACUGUGAGUUGUGCCAGUCAUUACAGAGUUGGUCAACGUAAACCUCUCAUGAUGGAAAUGAGUUCAUAUAGUGUCCCACCAACCAUGGUGGAAACUGUCUCAAAAGUGAUAGUCAUUGAAAUUGGUGAUCUGCCAACAAUAAAGAGCACUGGACUGAUUUCAUAUUUAUCAAGUAACAAAUUACAAAAUUUGGCUCACCAGAUUAUCACUGCUCAGCAGACUGGAGUACUAGAGAAUGUUCUGAAUAUGACUGUUGGGGCCUUACUGGUAACUCAGUCAAAGGGAGUCACUGGCUAUGGAAAUACAAGCAGUUCUAAAACUGAGAACUUGAUAUAUAUUCGGCCGUAUGCUCUCUCGGUCCUGGUCCAGCCUUCAGAUGGAGAAGUGGGAAAAGAGCUUACCGUCCAACCACGGCUCGUUUUUCUGGAUAAGCAGAAUCGGAGAAUAGAGUCCUUGGGCCCCCCCUCAGAGCCUUGGACUAUUUCUGUUUCCCUGGAAGGGACGUCAGAUUCAGUGUUGAAAGGGUGUACUCGGGCAGAAAGUCAAGAUGGUUAUGUGAGCUUCUCCAACUUGGCAGUUUUGAUCUCUGGGUCAAAUUGGCACUUUCUUUUUACUGUCACUUCCCCUCCAGGAGUCAAUUUUACAGCUCGAUCAAGGUCAUUCACUGUCUUACCUGUGCGUAGGUCAGAGAAGUCAACCAUCAUCUUGGCUGCUUCCUUGUGCUCAGUGGCCUCAUGGCUGGCUCUAUGCUGUCUGGUGUGCUGUUGGUUAAAGAAAAGCAAAAGCAGAAAAAUAAAAAGUGAAGAUAUUUCUGAAUUCCAGACUAACAGCCAGAAGAAUCAUAUCCACAUCUCAUCCAAACACCCAAGAUCACAAGAGACUAAAAAGGAAGACGCCAUGAUGGGAGAAGAGAUAAAGAUGAAGGUGAUUGUGGACAGGCUGAACCAGCUUCCCCACCAGUCCCUGAAUGGAGUGUCCCGAAGGAAGGUGGGCCGUCGCGCUGCCCAAGAGGAGGGUGGCCGCCGAGAAGAGGUGGUUGCACCUGCUCCCAGUAUUACUGGUGUCACAUCCCAGGGUCACACCUGUGCUCCGGGCUCUCCUGCUCAGCAGGUGUACCUUCAAGAGACUGGGACCUGGAAGGAGGCCCAAGAGCAGUUGGUCACAUACCAAAUGGCAGGUCAAGAUCAGAGAUUGCUGCUUUGCCCAGACCUCAGACAAGAAAGGGAGCAGAUGCAGGGCCAGACCCCAUUGAGCCAGGAAAGAGGCCACUUGGGGCUUUCUCAAGAGAAGAAAGCCUCUUGUGGUGCUACCCAGGAAUUCUGUCCUCAUUCUGUACACCUGGAAACUAUUCAGGAACAGCUGUGAUAGACACAUGAAAAUCGAUGUGCUCAUGGGCUUUGCUGAGACUUGCAUUAAGGACAAAGAUAUAAAAACAGUUAAGUUUGGAGAAAGCAGUUGUCCAUGGACCAAAGUUACAUUUUUUUUUUUAAACAGUUCUUCCUGUUAAUAGCUGGGUUGAAUUUAAGACUAGAAGAAAACUAUUUGGGGAAACUAGAGAUAACCAAGGGCCGAAGCAGAUUAUUAGUGAACUCAUUUUUCAGAGCACUGAUUUUUGAAGAAGAUAAUGUGUACACCUGUCUAGUGAAGGAGGGAAGAGAUUAUAUUGAAUGUACCUCUCCAGUCUGUGUGCGAGGGGUUCUAAUGAAGACCAGAGUAAAGGGUCAACUGGUAUUGAGUUGGGUAAGGAUGCUAAAGGCAGUUUCACUUAAUUCAAACAUCUGAAGAGUGCUCAUUAGUGUUCAAACUGGACACUUUAAGCAGCCUGAUUGUGUCCUUGGCUCUGAAUCCAAAAGGACUUACACUCCAAGGGAGUAAAACAAAGAUGGUAGAGGCGAGGAGAAUCUCCAGAAACAACUUGUUCUCAGUUUUCCCUAAGUAUAAAUCAGGACUUACCAAUCUCUGAGAGAUUCAGAGGCUGUCCUAUUUUGAAUUAGAAAAGAGAAAAGAAACAAAUGCUUCCUUUGCAGAAUUUUAAAUAAUGAUGCUCUGGAACUAGUCCCAUAGUAGGUACAGGCAGGAAGUCAUCAUGGCUCAAGGCAUCAAUGGGAAAGUAUGUCUUGCUCUACCAAGAGUUUUUGGGAACAUUCUAAGUCUUUUGUCCACUCUUUAGAUGUAUUAUGGACAUCUCAAACCUUAAAGCCGCCUUGAAAGGAGUGAGGCAACUUUCUCUGUGACACAGUAUUGGAUUCUGAGGAAGAUAAUGAUUAAGUAUCAAAAUUAAUGUUCUCCAAGAAAUUUCAGUCCAGGCUAUCUGUGUUUAAGAAGGGCAUUGAUGGCAGGGUGCCUGGGUGGCUCAGUGGGUUAAGGCUUCUGCCUUCGGCUCAGGUCAUGAUCCCAGGGUCCUGGGAUUGAGCCCGGCAUCGGGCUCUCUGCUCAGCAGGGAGCCUGCUUCCCUUCCUCUCUCUGCCUGCCUCUCUGCCUACUUGUGGUCUCUCUCUCUGUCAAGUAAAUAAAUAAAAUCUUAAAAAAAGGGGGGGGGCAUUGAUGGGCAAUCUGGCCUAUAGAAAUUUACUCUGGAGGUCAAACUGGCUCCCUGAAUCCUUUUGUGUGUGUGUGUGUGUGUGUUCUAUUUGGGCACUAACAGUAUUUAAAAAUAUAACAAAGAAAAAAAUAACUUGGUUUGGGCAGAUUAUGCCUUUUCUAGUUUAAUUAGUCCCCACUAUAACCUGUCCUUUAUCUCUUUUUUUCUAGUUUCCUGGUUUAUGAAUUUAUUUUAUUUACAAUCCUUAGUAUAUACAUUGAGUCAUCAGAGAUCUGUAAUGUAUUUGUACAACAGCAUUUCAGAAGUUAAGGCUUUCAAGAAUUAGGAAGUGAUGGCAGUCUUAGCACUACUGCUGUGGAUUUGUCUAUACAUUCUCCCUCUCACUCUGGUGACUUCUUUUACCACCACAAAUUCCAGCCCAGAUUUCUUUCCUGAGCUCUACAUCAUAGAAUUAGCUGCCUACUGAAGUUAUCACACUAGGAUAUCCCAGUGGGUUAUGCCACUAGGUUAUCCUAUGGCCACUGUGAAGCUAACAUAGCCUUAAAACUGACUUUUCCUCAUGCUUGCCCUAACAUAACACAUGACAUCACUGCACUCUGAUUGAACAUCUAGAGGUCAACCCAGACUUCAUGUUCCAUCUUACUCCACCCAACCAUUUAUCAGCUGCUAUUCCUACUCCUUUAACCUUUACUAGCUUCUUACAAAUUUUCCAUGUGCCACAAGACAGAUCUUUCUGGAAGGCAAGUUUGACCCAUAAUUAAUCAACUUGGGAUCCUGGAGGCCAAAAUGGACUCUUUGGACCUUAAGAGCAGCCAGAAAUAGCCAGAAUAACUUGCAGGGCUCUAAUAUGUGGUAUAGAAUUUCAGAGUCUAGUCAUAAUCCUCUAAUCCAUAAUUACAGUCCUCUUUUUCUCCUCAGAAAAUGGGAGAACUGGGCAAAUACUAUAAGCCAAGACAGUAGCUCUUAGUUCAUUUAUGUCUGGAGAUGAGCUGGUAGAUAAAGCACCACUAUCAGCCACCCUUAAACUUAUUCAGACCAUUAACACAGGUGGCCCAGAAGAUAUUUCCCGGCAGUGACAGAGCUUACUCUUUAUUAAAAUAAAUAAUUAAAAAGUGUCAUGUUCUUCUGUUAUUUCAAAGAAACUCUUCUUGCUUCUCAUUUCUGAUUUUCUAUACAUGGUAGAUUCGUUUCCCUCAAGAUACUAAACAAACUAAAAUUCUUAAGAGUUCAAAAAUAUUUAUAAAUAUUUCUGGAUGGUAAAAUCAAGAAGUAAGGGUGCAGAGAACUAGGGUAGUUCCCACAAUCUCUCAAGUUUGAGGGAUUCUGUUCAGAGAAGGUACCAGACUUUGACAGAACUUUGAGUCUCCCUUAGUCAGAGUGAUGGAUGAUCCAAUCUAACCAGGGUUGUGUCCCACAGUAGAUUUGCCCAUAUUGUUUCCCAUUGAGGCUACUGAGAACCGAGAGGCUCAAACCUUUCCAGGAUUACUUAGUGAAGAGCUCUCUUCCAUCCAGCAGUCUAAAAUCCAAAUGUAUGAAAUUACUAUACUUUGAAAUGUAUGCAAACUCUAUGCAAAGAUGAGUAUGGGGAAAAUUGAAUGUAAAUCACAUGCAAAUAUUAUUCAACCAAGCCUCUAUAAAAUUGUACAUGUCAAUAACAGUAAAGGAUUUUAAUUAAUUCUGUCAUUUAAAAUUCAUGCAUUUAUUCCAUAUUUUGUUUCCAGAAUUUAUAAUAUAUUCAGUGUCAAUUUUGAAAGAGCUAUAAACAGAAGGAAUUACUCUACUACUGAGUGCAGAACAGUUGAUUUCAACCUACAUGAUAGCACCGUGACUAAUUGCAGAUAUAUUUGAGAAACAGAUCACAUUUCCUGAAUGUAAUCUUUUAAAAGGGACAAAUCAUUUUUACAAAGUUAAAUGACACUUCAGUGGUAGAAUAUUGAGAUUUGUAUGUUUACAAAUAUUCUUCCAACAUUUGUUAUUUUUAUACUUGAAAAAAGACCAGCAUUCUCUGUGCUUGGAACAACUCAAGAAGAGAGUAUUUUCUGCCCAUCAAUCUGGUAUCUUUUGAGACAGAAGAUUGACUUAAUGCAUUUGGAGGUCUUGCUAGAAUUUACUGUGUUUUGAAGAAUUGUUUCUCUUUUCUUAUUUCAGUCUCAAAAUAAUGAUUCAUUUAUUAUUAUCACUACCUAUUUUAUUUCAAAGUUAGUAGCUUUAACAAGGGGAAAAAGAGUCAAUUUCCUUUUGAAAAAUAUGAGAAAUGGCCACUUCUAUACACUUUAUAGAUGAAGAAAUUGCCGUCAAUUGUCAAACUCUUGCAGUAAUCCAUGGCAAAAUUAGAAAUUUGUCUGGACUAUAUCUAAUUCUUUCUAAAAUGUCCUCAUGUAACAGUGCAUCCAUCCAGUAGAAUGACUGAUGUAGAAAAUUAUACAAGAUAUACUAUUAGGCUAAAAAAAAAAAAAAAGAAAAUUGCAAAGCAAUGUGUAUAUUACUCUUUUCCUCUAGUUUACUUAAAUAUUGAAAAAUUAUGGAGCGAUGGUGUAUAAUUUUUGAAAAUAAUAGUUAUCUUUAGGGAAUGAAGCAGGUUUGCACUUCAGAUUUUGUAUCUUUUUUGUAUUUCAUUGUUUUUAUAAGACAUUUUACUAUUAAUAUAAAAUUUAAAGAACAUUUUCUGCAACUUAUGGUUGACUGGUGGUUAGCAAUCUCUUUAUUUCUCUUCCAAGAGUAGGACUCGCUUAUGGAAAAUGCAUUUAGCUCUUAAUGGAAGACAUAUAUACAGGAGGAGGACAAGAUGGUGGAGAUGAUGAUUGGGUCAGAAAGAGAGGCCAAAGAGGAAUGAAAGGGAAAGAUGGGAAAGUCUUCAACUGAAGAAAGAAAUGUUUCUUGUGGACAAAGACUAGGGUGCUCACAAAUCUGCAUUUCUACCACUGUAUCCCUGGAAUGUCAUACAGGGCAUGCCACCUAAGGUCCCAUCUGUAUAAGUGGCCUAGAAGGAAGACCUGAAGAUGGUUAUGGACUCAGCAUUUCUCAGUAAGAUUCAAAUAUAAAAGAGCAACCUUUCCAUCACUCUUAUGGAGGAAACAUUGUAGAAACAGAUGCUCACCCUAAGUCAUGAGCAGACCCAACACAAUGCCCAUUGAGUAGUAUGCCUCUAUCCCUCUCAGAUCAGUGCCAUACUGUGCACUUCUUCCAGCCCAGCUCCAUAGCAUUUAUUGUAAAUCCACACCACAUGGUAUUAAGACCUGAACACAAAGAGGUGACUCUUGGUAGCAGCUAUCACAGCACCCUUAUUAGGCAGAUUUCAGAGACUCAAUGUUUUGUGAUAGAAUCUUAAGUAAAAAGAUUGUGGGCUUUAAUUUGCAAAUCAUAGAUGUGGCCUGAGAAAUAAGAUGCUCUAAAAUUUUCUUAAAUUUGGGAAUGAAUAAAAAAUCUUGUAUGUUUUUCUAUACUUUAUACAACUAGAGGUGCUAUAAACGUGGACUACAAGUCUAGUAAUACCAAGUUUUCUUUUUAGAAUUCUUUUCCACAUGUCAUCAUUCUGUUCCUAAAGAUGUCACUGCCUCCAUUAUCAGCUCUAUUUCAACAACAUCCAUCUCUCCCCAUCUACUGGAUUAUUCCCAUGGCUAUUCAACAUGGUUAAGUGGCUUCUAGUUUAAAAAAAAAAAAAAAUGGCAGAGUGGGGGAGGAAAGGAAAAGAAAAAACAUUCUUUGAUUCUAUAGGCCCUUUCAGUUCUCUUUCUUACUUUUUUUACUCCUAUUCCAGCAACAUUGUUUAAAAGAGUUUUGUUCACACAUUCCAUUACUUUCUUAGUUUUCAUUCAUUCUACCAGGCAUUCCAGGAUGCUUUCUGACCCAUCUAUAGAACAGGGACUGCUCCUGGGGCAAACCCAGUGAUCUUCAUAUUGCCAGUUCUAAAGAACAAUUCACAUCUUUUGUGACAUAUCAGGAGCAUUUAACCCAACCUUUCUCUUCCUCUUUCUUAAUCACUUUCCUCUCUUGGCUUUUGUAAUAGUUCCUCUCCUUGAUUCCCUCUUACAUCACUGAGGACACCUUUUCAGUAAGCAGUGCAAUGAAGGCUCAAAGCUGGGCUUCUGAUUCCAAAUCUUGUGAUUCCCCUAAGAAAAUCCAGUUGAGUCUUCCCAGUCUUUUGAAUUAUAGGAUUGAGAACUGAUACACGGAUAAGUGGGAUGUAACUUUCCAAGCCCAUUUGUCUUAGAAAAUGGUUUUCAGGGGUGCCCAGAUGGCUUAGUGGGUUAAGUCUCUGCCUUCGGCUCAGGUCAUGAUCCCAGGUUCCUGGGAUCAAGCCCCGAGUUGGGCUCUCUGCUCACCAGGGAGCCAGCUUCCUCCUCUCUCUCUCUCUGCCUGCCUCUCUGCCUACUUGUGAUCUCUGUCUGUCAAAUAAAUAAAUUAAAAUAUUAAAAAAAAAAAAGAAAGAAAGAAAGAAAGAAGAAGAGUGCCUGGGUGGCUCAGUGGGUUAAGCCUCUGCCUUCGGCUCAGGUCAUGAUCUCAGAGUCCUGGGAUCGAGUCCUACAUCAGGCUCUCUGCUCGGCAGGGAGCCUGUUUCCCCCCCUUCUCUCUCUCUGCCUGCCUCUCUGCCUACUUGUGACAUUUCUCUGUCAAAUAAAUAAAUAAAAUCUUUUUUUAAAAAAAGAAAGAAAAUGAUUUGCAGACACAUAAGACAACUUGGCUGUGUAUAAAGUAUUUGAACCACAAACUUUACAAAACUGGGAAAACAUCAUUCCAGUGUUUUCUGACUUUAGUGUUUUAGGAGAGAUGUCAGAAACCAGUCUGAGUUUUGUUCCUAUUUAGGAAUGAUUGGAAAACCAUAAGAUCUUUUUUCUACAAUUAUUUUAAACACUUUGAAAAUUCUCUCCAUAUAUAAGUCUUUUUGUAUACUGGGAAUAAUCACUGAAAAGAGAGGAUAAUGAUUUUUGAAAUAAGGGAAGAAAAGCUUUAAAGGGAAGGAAAAUUUAAGUGAGACUUCAGAAAAUAAAUAGGAUUUAAAUAAUUUUUUUAUAUAUUUCCCCUUACAUUCCAGGUAAGGGGAAAUAUAUAAAUUGGACUGGAAGAGUUACUUAUCUCCAGAUCAUGGAUUGUUCAAAGAAUGAAUUAAUGCUGUUGAACACAGGAAACAAAAGCCUGAAUGAAUAAUUAAUAACCAUUUUAAACAUGUGAAAUUAUAUUAAAAAGACGGUAGAAGUGAUUUCAACUUAAAUUGGGCUAGAUGGAAGGAUACCCACCAUAUAUGAAGAGAUGAGGCAUUAGGGGAAAAAAUAUUGCCUAGAAAAAAAAAAUCAGUAAAUAUUACAAUUAUUUCAGCAUCCUACUCUGUUGAGAUUUUUGAGGCAUGUUUAAAUGCCACUUUACUAGUCUAAUUAAAUAAAUAUAAUAGGAUAUCAUGGAGUAAAUGACCUUUAGAUAUUCUUAUUUCCUCACCUAUCAAAUAAAGUUUGGAUCAAAGAAAUAUGGCACCCCGCCAAAACUGCCUAUAGACUCAGUAAAGAAGAGUUUACCCAGGCUCUAGGCUCUAGAGAGCUCCAUUUUGGCCUCCCCUCAUCCCCAGAUGCCUUCCUCCAUAGUUAGAGAGUCCAUGAGUCCAAGAUGUUGUGAUUACCACACACCAUGCCCACCUUUGCUAGACCAUUCAUUGAGUGUUCAAGACUGAACUUUCUGUCCAAACAGCCCUGAGCCCUCCGCCAGCAUAUCCAAAGGCUGUUCAGAAUCCUCCUUUGCUUGUCACAUCAAAUCUAGUGGAAGAAUAACCACUAGGAAUUAAUGCUGAGAAAUGUUCCAAACUAGCAUUGAUAUUAUCUUUCAGAUCGGUACCAAGUAAUUGUAACUUCAAUGUUUUGUUUUGUUUUUUUUCCUUAAAAAGGGCACAGAUUAAGACAUUUAUAAAUAUCUUUUGGCUUGAUGCCUUGCCUUCUGGAUCUCCAGACUUCUCAGAAACCACCAGCUCACCUCAGCAACCAUUCUGUCUACCCUGGGCUUGCACCAUGGAUCACACAUAUGACAAUAUGAUAGGCAGAGUUUAAAAUAGCCUCCAUUAUCUCAGUCAUCUGGUAUCACACCCAUGAUUAAAGUAAGUGGCAAAAGUAAUACUGUAGUUUUGAUAGGGCUUACUAAUCACUUGGCCUUAAAAUAGGGAAAUUUGGACACCCAGGUGGGCUCAGUUUGUUAAGCAUCUGCCUUUGGCUCAGGUGAUGAUGCCAGGAUCCUGGGAUCGAGUUCUGCAUUGGGCUCCUUGUUCAUCAAGGACACUGCUCCUCCCUCUGCCUGCCUCUCUCCCCGCUUGUGCUCUCUCUCUCUCUGACAAAUACAUAAUUAAAAUCUUAAAACAUAGGGGUGCCUAAGUGGCUCAGUCAGUUAAGCAUCUGCCUUCAGCACAGGUCAUGAUCACAGAGUCCUGGGACCAAGCCCGCAUCUGCCUCUCUGCUCAGCGGUGAGUCUGUAUCUCCCUCUCCCUCUGUGAUCCCUCUCCCUCUGUGAUCACUUUCAUGUUCUCUCAGAUAAAGAAAUAAAAUAUUUUAAAAAUAAUAAAAAAUAAUAAAAUAGGGAAA